GGGAUGUACCGUGAUUGCUUUGAUGCCGCUGGGAGUGACAAGGUCACGAAUGAGACAAGGAUGGAUUGAUUAUACAAGGAGUAUUCCGCUUAUUUUCUUUGUCGGUACAAGAACAUUGUCUCUUUCAGUUCUGCUAGUGCGGUUCUUUCAUCUUCAGAUAGAUCAUGUCUCACCAUGUCUGAACGUAGAGUAUAUAUAAAGUCGCUUCCAGCACACAUUUCUCUAUCUUCAGUCUCUUGCUCAACUCUCCUAAGGAAGAAUUCUGUAUAUAUAUAAAAUUUCGAGACUCAAAAUGUGCAACUACACCUACCACCAUGACCCUACCUGCGGUCACAUAACCUCCUUCAACAUCGACACCUGCACCCCAUUCACCUCGUCCCUGCGCAUGGCAGAGUCAGACUCAGACCAGCAGCCUGCCUCCUGCACCAAGACAGUCCACAGUCACGACCUUGUCAGUCCAACCAGUCCCUCUCUCUGCUUUCAAUGCGAGCAGGAGUGGAUGGAGCGUGCGAAGAAGAGGGUUAAGGCUAUGGCACUGGGAGAAACGCUUCUGGAUAAAUACGACGAAGAGCAGCCGGUCUUCGUCCAGCUAGAAGGACUGGAUUGUCCUCCGAAGGUGGGAAUGACUUUUACAUUUUCCGCCCCGAAGGGAAAAGAGAAGAAGCUAAUCGGUUUGGGUAUUGCCAUGGAUGGUGGUGUACAGAGUGAUGACGAUGCUGAGACCGAUAUUUUCAUCGAUGCCGGAGUCGAUUAUUUCAUCAGUGGGGAUGAGAGUGACUACGAAGAUGCCUAUGAACAUGACACUGACGAAGACGGUGAGUCUUGUUCAACAAACUCUCCCUUCGCGAGCCAGAACUCUAGUUUUUUUGAACAGAGACAGUACUUUGAUUUCGACUUCGAUUACGAAAACUCCCCUAUUCCCGAGGAAUACGUCCAUAUCAGCGCCGUCGACGACGAAAGCAGCGGUGACGACGACAUCGAACUCGUCUACCUCGACUACCCCAACGCCACUCCAGACCAUGGGAAACUCCUGCAUGACCUCGAUUCCAGCUCCGACAGUUUUGAAAAUGUGGAAUACUUCGAUCUAUGCCCUGCAUCCAGCCACCCGGAAACAUCUUUCCUGGACCCCGGGGACGAAGAGAACAUGCAGCUGGUAUCAGGUACUCCGCGUAGUCCGCGGACGAAGGAAUUUAAAGAGAUUGAGGAGAGUGUUGAUAAUGUGGCUCCGUCGGUUACAGGGCUUUUGGGCAGGGUUUAUAAUGGGUUCCCGGAGAUUCUUCCGAGGGUUACUGUGAUGGGGAGACUGGAAUUGCUUGGUUUGGCUUGA